AUGCUUCACGACAUGCCCGCAGAGCUUCUCCUCAAUAUCCUGUCUUACCUAGACAAUUUAGACCCUGUUUCUCAUGCUAGCCACACUCUUUCUUUGUCUACUCGAGAUUUCAAGACUCGAACUUUACGCACUCGUUUAGCAAAUAUUAAACACAUUGAGCUUUUGAUGGAGAUAUGGACACCGCCAUCGUUCUUCAAACCGCGAGGAGGAAGCCCCGCUUAUUCCAAAGAAAGCUAUAUCACUCGACCACAGGACCGGCUCUACGAUAUGCUUUGUGAUCCACAUAUGGUUGUGAAGGUUGAGGAGUAUUUAGACAAUCUCGAAAAGAAGGCUCGAGCGGCACAAAAGAUAGCUAGUCAUCUUUUGACUAUGAUGUCUUUCGACACAGAUGAAGAGCAGCAUUCAUAUGCUACAAUGAUUGUCAUAGAGUUAUGGUCAGCUCAAUCACGCUAUGGACAUGACGUUGAUGGACGUUGGUCAAAUAUUAAUGAUGAGUGCGGAUUGCAAGAAGUGCAUGUUCGAGACAAUUAUGUUACGAGUUUACCUUCUGAAAUACAAGAGGCGAUGAUUACAGCAUAUAAUGCGUUGGCACAACGUCUCCAGCCUCCAUUCUACUCUAGUAGUCGAAGAGGCCAUGGAGGGAGAAUUAUAGAGGGAGAGGGGAUGUGGCUGUAUAGGUUGAUUGUUAAGGUAAGUCCCUUUGAACCUCAAACUAGAUAG